AUGCCCCCAAUUGCAACAGACCAAGACAUCUUCAACGAGCCCGACUGGACCGCCACGCACAGCCACCGUGUCGGCCUGCGGGAUCACGAUGACCGCUUCCCGGGACUCACGCACGCCGGCGACGACUGGCGGUUCGAGCUGGAAAAGGAGUCCGAGGAGAAGAUCCAGGAACUGCAGGCGAAACGAGACCGCGGCGAGUUGCUCUCCGUGCGGGAUUUCAUGUCCAAGCAAGAGGACUUCCAUCUGCGCCGGCCAGACGUCCACCCCAAACACUGGCGCUACGUGCUGCACACGACGGAGGGCCACAUCAAGUAUGGGCAGCCGUGGUACAUCAACGAGAAGAAAGAGCAGCGGCAGGACCAGUCCGCGGACGACAGGCAGACGACCAACGGGGCGGGGUCCUCCAAGCAGACCCCCAGCGGCUCCAAGUCGCAAGAGCAAGAGCAAAAACCCGAGUACACCGCCGAGCAGCGGGCGCUUCUGCAGAGCCUGCGGCACGAAGCAGAGUACAUCCAGAGCCUAAAAUGCAACGAUGGGAAGGGCCGGUCGCCGGCGUACUCGGCAAACGCAACCGCCGAAAUCGACGAAGCAGACCAGUUCACGCCGGACAACUGGGUCCCGCGGACAGAUCACCUCAUCCGGCUGACGGGCAAGCACCCGCUGAACGGGGAGCCGCGGCUGACGGAGCUGCUAGACGCAGGGCUGGUGACGCCGAACUUCCUGCACUACGUGCGCAACCACGGGCCGGUGCCGCAUCUGCUGUGGGAGAACCACCGGCUGGAGAUCUCGGCGGGCAAGUCGCUGACGCUGUUCGUGGACGACCUGGUGGACCGGUUCCGCAGCGUGAACAUCCCCGUGCUGCUGGCGUGCGACGGCAACCGGCGCAAGGAGGUGAACAUGGUGAAGCGGAGCAAGGGAUUCAACUGGGGGGCUGCGGGCGUAGGCUGCGCGUACUGGAAGGGGGUGCUGCUGCGCGAUGUGCUGCUGGCGGCGGAGGUGGAGAAUCUGGUCGAGGAGAGCGCCGGCGCGCGGCUGUGGGUGAACUUCCAGGGGUCGGAGGAGCUGAGCGAGGGCAAGUACGAGACCUGUCUGCCGCUGGACUAUGUGAUGGACCCGCUCAAUGAUGUGCUGCUGGCGUAUGAGAUGAAUGAUUGCCCGCUGCCGCCAGACCAUGGGUAUCCGCUGCGCUUGGUGGUGCCGGGCUUUGUGGGCGGCCGCUGGGUGAAGUGGUUGCAGAGUAUCUGGGUGACGGACCGCGAGAACGAUAGCCACUAUCAUAUCUAUGACAAUCGGGUGGUGCCGAGCUUUGUGCAGGACCGUGAGUCUGAGGCGGGUGACAUCAUGUAUCAUCAUCCCAGCACGGCGUGCAUGGAGCAGAUGCUGAACUCGGUCAUCGCACGGCCGGCACAGGGAGAGAAGCUCAGUCUCAGUGAGCUGAAGGGCGAGAAGGACUACCGCAUCAGGGGGUACGCAUACAACGGCGGCGGAAAUGAAAUCCAACGCGUUGAGAUCAGCCUCGAUGGAGGCCAAAGCUGGCUGUACUGCAUUCGCGAGUUCCCCGAGGCUCCCAUACGACACAACAAGAAAUUCUGGACAUGGCUGCACUGGCACGUCGACGUGCGCGUCACUCAGCUGCUGCGGGCUGAAUCCAUCACGGUGCGAUGCUGGGAUGUCAACAAGAACACGCAGCCGGAGCACAUCACAUGGAACCUGGAAGGAAUGAUGAACAAUGCCCAGUACGUCGUGAAAGCAGAAAUCAUCGACGACCCAAAGACAAAGAAACCGGCCCUAAUGUUUCGCCAUCCUGUCGAGCCCGGCACCGGCGAGAACGGAUGGAUGAAGCCCUCGCUCGAAGACCAGAAAGAGGACGCGAAGAGACAGUCCGCUGCGCCGGAGAAACAAUUCACGCGCGAGGAGAUCGAGAAGCACCAUACCGAGGACGACUGCUGGAUCGUCGUCAACGGCCAAGUAUACGAUGCGACCUCGGUGCUGAGCUGGCAUCCAGGCGGCAAAGCGGCCAUCAUGGCUCACGCCGGCAGAGUUCAUACCGAGACGACGGAGGAGUACGAGAGCAUCCACGACGAAUACGCAAACGAGCGUCUCCAAGAAUGCAUCCUGGGCGUCGUGACGCAAAAGGCCCGCGAGUUCAUGAAAAAGGAAUCCGAAGAGAAAGCAAAGAAACGGGCCCAAUCCUCCGAAGGCGACAGCCACAUCGCGCUGAAACGGCACAAGUGGAUCCAAGCCAAACUCAUCAGCAAAAAGGCCCUAUCAAAAGACACAAAGCGCUACACCUUCGCCCUCCCGAGCAAAGACCAGAAGCUCGGUCUCGACACCGGCCAGCACAUCCUGGUCGGCUUCCACUUCAAAGACCAGAUGAUCAUCCGAUCAUACACACCCAUCCGACCCAUCCAAGACUCCGACGAAGACGGCACAUUCGAGCUCGCUGUCAAGACGUACUACCCGGACCCCGCGCAGCCCGGCGGCACCCUGAGCAACAUCAUGGACUGUCUGCGCGAGGGCGAAGAAGUCGAGAUCAAGGGGCCGACAGGCGAGAUCCGGUAUCACGGCAACGGACGCUUUGUUAUCGACGAUAAAGAGUACGUCUUUGACAAGGUGACGCUGGUCCUGGGAGGCUCGGGGAUUACCCCGGGGUAUCAAGUUAUUGCACGGAUCCUGAGGGCCGAGGAGGACAAGACGAAGAUCCGGGUCAUCGAUGCCAAUAAGACCGAAGAGGAUAUCCUGAUGCGUCCGGAGCUGGAUAAGUUUGCUAAGGAGCAUCCGGAUCAAUUUGAGAUUACGCAUGUACUGUCACAUGCGGACGACAGCUGGACGGGGGAGAAGGGGUAUGUUAAUAAGGAUAUCCUCCGCCGGUAUGGGUUCCCUCCCGAGGAGAAGAGCAUUGCUCUGCUGUGUGGGCCGCCGGCGAUGAUCCAGAAGGCGGUUUUGCCGGUGCUGCUGGAAUGGGGGUAUGACGAGGACAAGAACCUGUUUGGAUUCUAA